AUGGCUACCAAGGCUGCUGCCAUUGACUUUAGCAAGAUCCUCUCGUCGGGGAUCGGCAAGGAGACGCAGGCCCAGAUUGUGGCGUUCCGCAAGCGUGCCGAUGAGGCUCGCCGCGCCCUGGCGAACCUGCAGAACCAGCCCACCUCGGUGGACCUCUCGCACUACAAGAGCGUGCUGAAGAACCAGUCGGUGGUCUCGCAGGCUGAAAAGAUCCUGAGCGAGUUCAAGCCGGUGACCUACGACGUGAACGCGCAGGUGAAGGCGAUUGAGUCGUUUGAGGCCACGGCGGUGAAGCAGGCGCAGGAGAGUGCGGCGAAGAUGGAGGCCGAGCUGAAGGACCUGAAGGCCACCCUCGGCAACAUCGAGGGCGCCCGUCCGUUCGACCAGCUCACUACGGGCGAUGUCCUCCAGGCGCGUCCCGAGAUUGCCAAGACGAUCGAGGAGAUGGUCAAGAAGGGCAAGUGGACCGUGCCGGGCUACGACGAGAAGUUCGGCACGUCUGUGUCGGCGGAGAGCAUGUCCAGCACGGCGGAGCUGAGUGGGAGUGCGCAGUUUCCCAAGACGGAGCACCAAAAGGAGCGCCUGAUGGCGGCCCUCACGCCGAACCUGCUUUUCCGCCAGCUGGAGAACGAGCAGGUACAGAGCCUGCUCCUAGCGAUGCGCGAGAUGCGCUUCGCCAAGGGCGAUGUUGUGAUCCAGCAGGGCGACGACGGCGAUUUCUGCUAUGUGGCCGAGUCGGGCACUCUGGACGUGUUUCUGCAGCCGCCGGGCACGCCCGCAGAGGUCGCGGUGCGCGCGAGACCCGGCGAAAUGGGCCAAAAGAUCGCCUCGUACGGCCCCGGCGCGACCUUUGGCGAGCUGGCGCUCCUCUACAUGCAGCCGCGUGCCGCCUCGGUCGUGGCGACCUCCGACUGUGUCCUGUGGGCGCUGGACCGCGUGUCGUUCCGCUCCAUCAUGGCCCACUCUGACCUGAAGCGCCGCGUCAUGCUCGACUCGUUCAUGAAGCAGGUGCCGCUCCUGCAGCACCUGCGCGAGGACGAGCGUCUUCGCGUGUGCGACGCGAUCGAGUUUGUCGAAUACCCGGCAGGCGAGACGGUGCUGCACGAGGGCGACAUCGGCACGCAGUUCUUUUUGAUCGUGAACGGCGUGGCCGAGGUGAUCAAGCAAAACAAGACCGUGUCGCUGCUCCAGCGCGGCGACUACUUUGGCGAGCUGGCCCUGCUGCACCGUGCGCCGCGCGCUGCGACGGUCGUCGCGAGCGAGAGCUCGCCGUCCGGGAAGCUGCGCGUAGGCGUGCUACAGGAAGACGCCUUCACGCGCCUGCUCGGUCCCCUUUCAGACAUUAUGAAUCGGCAUGCGGCCAUGCACUAUGGCUCGACGCCCGAGGCGCCUGCUGCGACCGAGGCGCCGCCGGGCUCGCCCCGGUCGGGCCAGGCUCCGACGUCCUAG